AAUGAAUUAUGAGAAUAAUGAUAAAAGCUCAUGGAAGGCAAAGUCUUCGACACAAUGUCAAAAAAGUUCGAACCAUACUUCUCAAGAUAUUCAAAGGGAUUGUGAAUUUAGAUCACCCCAUGUUGUCAAUAAAGACGUUAGAAGAAGAGUUAUGUCAAAACAACCGAGAUUAUUCGACUUUAUUAUGGAAGAAGUCCAAAGGGCUCAAUGUAUAGAAUGGGUUGAGAAGAGCGAGCAACCUCUUACCUUUAAGAUAGUCUUGUCGAGUGAACUGGCCAGGAGAUGGGGAGAGAAAAAGAAUAAUAAAUCAAUGACCUAUGAGAAGUUAUCCAGAGCUCUCAGAACAUAUGCAGAAGACAAAAAUGGAUGCUUGGUAAAGAAGGUGGGAAUGCAAAAAUGCUUUUCAAUUAAAUUGGAUCUGUUACAAGCUCGUUAUAAGGGAGUUGUCCGUCAGGACGAUAUCGCCUACCUACACAGACAAUUGCAGAAAGAAGCAACGGAUACUCAUCAAAAAUCUAUCGUAAUUAAUGAAAAAGAAAAGCAGAGACGAAUUAUUCAAGAUGGAUACUUUAAUCCCUCACAAGAUAUGUGCUACUGCCUCUAUUGCCAUAAUAAGAGAAAAGGCGUUCUCUACCAAUCAAGAGGUAUGCCCAAAGCUCAGUUUGCCGUGCCCAUUGGUUGGCGUUUUUUCGCUCUAAAGCCUGGACCUGGAUUUUUAAGAGCCUAUACUAACUGGCAUAGGGCGUAUCACGGUACAUCCUUAUGUAAGACUAGCGAUAUCUUAUCAGCAGAGAAUUUAUUCAUUUGUAAUACUGACUCAACGAAAAGCCUUUUUAAUUGGACUGUAUCAUUUGGUGCUUCUCUUCAAAUCGACAAUUCAGACAGAGUCUGCGUAACUCCGAGUAUAAAGUACGCCGAAUUGGACGACUUUUCCCAAGAGUUUAAGAUAAAAAUCGGAUCGUUCGGAGAAGAGGAAAGAAGCGCAAAGAUAAUUUUUCAAGUAUUAGUGGAACCAAACUCAUACGAAAUACGAUCCGGUACUGCAAAUAAUCUACAAGACGAUUUUGAUCCAGGGUAA